CAAUUUGGAGCAUUAAUAACAAAUUCGCAUGACUACUGUCAGAAUGGAUAUUAUAAAGAUUUCAUACUGUCCCAAUCGCGCAACCCGCACAAUCAAAUAUUUUAGGAAAUAUGUUAAUUUAGGUUUCGUGAUAUUUAAGGUUGGUGCGCUUGUAUAGCCUCGUGGCUUGACCAAGAAGUCCGAUUAUUAGGGUGUGUUUACAUGACGCCGGAUCGACUUUCGAUCCGGGGUGAACUCACACCGUUUUUUUCAGUCCCCCUCUUGUACACCUGUAUUUUGUAACUCCGCGUUUACAUGAUUCCGCGACAAAACUGAAGUCGUUCCGGAUCGAAGUCGCACCGGUUCUCGCUCCGGAUCGAAAUUUCGUUCUGGUGCGAGAAUUUACUCACAUUUACUCGCGGUAUCUUGAAACGCGGAUCGAAAGCUCAAUCCAGGGCGAGAUUGCCGGUCGAGCUGCCUGGAACGAGUAGCGCACGCGCAUUGAUCUCCAAAUACCCAAGAUGGCGGAAUCGAGUAAAGGGAAAGAGCGAGUGCUGUCCUGAAGCAAUGCAGGCUCGCCGUCAGGCAUUCCGCCAUGUAAACGUGGAACGAAACUCAAAGUCAACCCCGAACGAAACUCGAUCCGGCAUCAUGUAAACAGCCCCUUAGGAAAAUACAGCCAGGCGAUGAGUUCGGUCACACGGUUGGUCUUCAAACCAGGCUUAAAAUGUUGAGGUCACGCAAUCUUGUUUUGUCACACGUGUGAGAAAAGCCUCAAGAUGGCGACAAAUAAGUGCAAAGAACCGAGCACGAGUGCAUACUUGGACGUGCCCUUUUCAAUGAUCCCAUUUGAAGACGAGUGCCCGUCCCGCCCCCAGGAGACCACGCCCAAGGGUAAAAAGAGGCACGAAGGUACCCCUGUGUGUGAAGCCAUUCUGAAUCUCCUGAGCGACAUCUUGGGGAGUGGAUUAUUGGCGUUACCGUAUGUGGUAUCCCAAGGUGGCAUCUCCGCACUUGUCAGCAUCCUCGUUAUCCCUAUUAUUUGCUACUACACCGGGCAAAUCCUUAUUGACUGUCUCUACGAGAAAUCGUACAAUGGGGUCCGGUACCGGGUGAGGCACUCUUACAAGGAGAUCGGAGAGGCUUGCUGGCCAGGAUAUGGCGGUAUCAUCACUGUUGUGAUCCAGGGUGUCAAGUUAUUCCUGAGUGCCGCGUCUUACAUCGUGCUUAGCGCUGCGCUUAUCUCUAGUAUGUUACAGGACCUCGGCUUCGGUGACCGUCUUUGGAUCCUUAUCGCUGCGCUCGUAGGCCUACCCAUGAUCCUCGCUAAGAAUUUAUCCCAAGUUGCGUGGCUUAGUCUACUGAGUAUUGCGGCACUGCUGGCGGCGGUCGUGGUGGUUUCUGGGUACGGGUACUCGCAGAGCCGCCCCUGGGAGUUGACGGUACUUCCCGUGGCCUCCCUAGCGGGGACGCCUUUUGCGAUUAGUGUGGUGACGUUUAGUUACGUUGCGCAUGGUAUUCUACCCACUAUAGAGGAAAACAUGACAGACCGUACACGAUUUAAUUCCAUGUUAGCCAUAACAUACGCCUUCUGCGCUGUUUUGCGCACCUUUUUUGCCAUCAAUGGUUUCUUCUCCUUCUACGGUAAUAUCCACCCUGUCAUUAGUAAUAGUCUUCCCGCGAAUAGCGCGAUCCACGUGACGGUCAACGCCCUCCUCGUGGCCUACUCCAUUCUGUGUUACCCCUUUCUGGCCGUCGCCGCCAUUCAAAUCACGGAACGUUCAAUUAUACCCAAGUGCACGUUUGAGAGGAUCCCAAGCAAGGUGUGGUACGUCUGUGCAAGGGUCCUGAUCACUGUUAUUACCGUCGCCAUCGCAUUGCUUGUGCCGCACUUCGCCGCUCUAAUCGCGAUCAGUGGGAAUCUCGGUGCCAUGACUGCCCUUAUAUUCCCGACUCUUUUCCACUUGCGGUUGAAGUACGAGGAGCUAUCUGUCUGGGAUAUAAUCCUGGACUUUUUUGUGCUGGUAUUAGGGAUUGCGAUGUUUGUUAUUGGCUCUGCGAUAGGAAUUAGACAGCUUCUUAAAUAGUAAUUUCGCAAAAGAAUACUUUACCAAUCGCUAUAUAUGUGUAAUAUAAUUCAUAAUUUUAUUUUAAAAAAACCGUAUGUGGCUUUGUACUAUGCGCAAAUUCAGAUAAUAAAGACAUUUUCGAAA